CGAUGACCGCAGAAAUUAACGUGACGCACCAUGAUAAACUUUUGCAGUACAAGAUAUGGAAAUACCUUACAAGGUAUAACAUAAUUUAAAAUGCAUAGAUUAAUGUUAUGUCAAAUUAUAAUAUUAUAACGAAGUCAUCAGUUUAAAUCAUCAUAAUCGUACAUAAUAUAUAUUAUUAUAAUUUAUAGUGUAGCGUUUGGCACCCCAAAUGUCCCUAUAGACUUUUUAUAUUACAUUGAAUACUUACUGAAUUAAAUUUCAGUUUCUAUGAUAAAAAUAUUAUUUUAGCUAUUAAAAAUUGUUUUCUAAUUAACCACAAGUAUGCUGCUGGUACCAAAAUCAUGUAAUUAUGAAUAUUAUAAUUUUAUAUGUAUACUAGCUGUCCCGCACCUAGCGUUGCCCGUACCAAUUUAUAUUAUUAUUUUACCCAUAUUCAUUUUUGGUUUUGGCCGUGUUUGAGUUGAAUGAAAAUAAAUAAGCGAAAAGUGGGUAGUCCACCUUCGGCAGACUAAAUGUGUUUUAUCAUGCAAUUUGAACAGUGUAUAUAAUAGUAGUAAUAAUAAUUAUAAUAGUUUUCUUUUCCAUAGCAACCCUUGAGUAAACAAAAAUCUUAUAUAAAUAAAACAAAGCCAUGUUAGUUACACCAUUUAUAAUUCAAGAACAGCUGGACCAAUUUUGAUGAUCCCAUGAUAUUAGUUUCCGACUAAUUUCUAAUAAUAGUUAAUCAUCAUUUUUUUCAUCCCUGUUACCGGUGUGUCAAAGAUCAACAAAAAGAAUUAUAUUUAUUAUAUUAUAAACUAAAUUAUUUGGUGUUGCUCGUGUAUAUAUAUAUAUAUAAGCGAAAGUAUUAAAAUCGCUAUUAAAAAUUAGUGGAUGGGAUAGGAGAGUGAAAAAUACUUCACGACCUACCAAAUAUAUACAACAAAUUUCAUGAAAAUUGGCCAAGCCGUUUCGGAGGACUUCAAUAACAAACACUGUGAUCGUAGAAUUGUAUGUAUAAGAUAAUAGAUAAAUACCUAGAUACCCUAAGAAACUUUAUAUUAAGCCUUAAAAUUAUAAUUUAAUAUAUGGGGCUAUAAUAUUAUACGAGAGUGUCGUCUAUAAAUAAUAAAUUAUUUAUUAGAGAGGAAAGUUCUGAAAAAUUAUUUGUAAUAAGAGUACCUAAAUUGCGAGUUGAAAAAAAAAUUGAACUCUAGUAGUUAUUUCGAAAAGAGAUGGUUUAACCUCAUUACUCCCUUACCUAUGUCCCUGUCAUAGAUUACAUAUACACAUUCAGUAAUUUAAUCGUGUAUGAUUUUACAUAGAAAUAUAUUUUUUAAUGCGUAGACCUGAGAAGGUAACAAAAAUGUUUAUACUGUACUGAUAGACUACCAAGCAUUUGUGAAUUGCUAACAAACAUUUCACUGCUUACAAAUUAUAGGACUUCCAAUUCAGUCGAUACAGAUGAAUUUUCUAAUUUAAAUUCGUAAAAAUAAAUAAUGAUUAUUAAACACUUACAUUUAUUUCAUAACUCAACAAAUAUCUGUAAUAUAUUUUUACAAACCGUAUUCAAAAAUAACUGAUUAAAUUGGAAUUAAUGGUAUUAUUAUGUUUCAAUUCAAUAAUAUUCACUGAACCUGGUAUCUCAUUGUGAAUUAAAGAUGAGGAAACUUCAACUUACUGUACCAUAGCUAGAUGAGGCAGGGUCAGAGAAAGAAAUCAAGGGUCUCAAGGACAAAAUAAAUCCACCCAAAGUCAAAUAUUAAACUUAACCCUAACACCAAGCGUCAUCCUUUAAAAUGUGUAAGUAUAACAAAAUAUGGUUGAGUUAUAAUAAGGUGUUUAUAAGGAAAAAUCAUAUUAUUACUAACACAAAUAAUAUAUUACAAAGUAAUUACUAUAUUGUUAUUUUUUUAAUAUAACUAAUAUGUAUUGAUUUCUUAAAGUAUUGUGAAAUAAAACGACAAAUUAUUUUUAUUUUUAUAAUUUUUAAAAUUAGGGUAAAAUAUUAGACUUUGUUGGGCCCUAAGGCUACAGCCUCGACUUCCUCUCCCUCUCAUAGGGUCUGAGAGGCUCAACUUCCAAUUAAUAAGCAAGUACUUAAAAAAAGUAGUUUAAAUAAGGGUAUCAGGGAUUCCGCGAAAAAGAGGUCACUGAAUAUAUUUUUAGAAUCAAUUUCAGAGUGAUUUUUGAAAAUACGACAAUCAAAAAUUACAAGUAAUUGAAGUAAAUUAUAAAAUUAUUACCGGUUUGAACAUUUUUCAUUGCGCAUACCUUAUCGUUUAUCGUUUGGCCCCCACUGGUAACUGCGGUAAACGCGCGUGCGCGAAAACCUAUAUAUCUAUCAAUAAUAUUGUAGGUAGGUACCAAUAGUUGUUCUCAUUUAAUGUUAUUUUUCAGGAACAGUUUAUAAAGACUUAAUAUCUCAACAAAUCUGUUUGGAAUACCGUAUUGUGUCAAUAAAAAUAAUAUAAAAUAUAGUGUACUGAAUAAAAACAAUGACACCGUUUAUUGUCAUUCCAUAUUCGUCAUAUUAAACAAAAAACAAUAAUCAAGUAUUAUUUAUAUAUGUUUUUUUUGUGUUAUCAAUAAUACGCGUUCGCCGGGCUUAUCAAAUCGAUAAUAACAUUUGGCUCUUUCGACGACUGGCAAUUAUCAAUGUUUUAUUCGCAGUGUUAUGAAAUUAAAAUCUCUAUACGUUGUGUAUUUCAUUCGACGGCGUUCGGUUCGUGUCGAAUAAGUUUCGUUUUUUUAUAAUCCUGCAAAAAUCGGCUCAACUACGAAAAAAUGUACCCAUCUGAUGUGUUAUAAAUUCAAUUAACUGAUUUAAAUCAUUUACACUAUUAAGUAUAUCAAUACACAAUCAAAAAUAUGUUUAUAUUUUAAAAUUUCCAACUAUUAAAGUAAAGUAUUGUACUCAUUUGUUGUCAUGACCAAAAGUCCAAUUUUACACGUCCUGGUUGUUGGGUUCCAUCAUAAAAAAGGAUGUCAGGUACGCUUUUUUAACAAUAUACCUGUUGGUAAUUGCAUAUUACGGUUCCAUUAUAAUAAUGGUAAUAUGAUAUUUAAAUGCAUGCCAGUGAAACAGUACAAAUCAAUAUGUACAGCUGGUACAUUGUGAAAUAAAUGAUUAUCCAUCAUUAUUAAAUUGGUUUAACCUCAUUAUGCAAAGAUGGCAAAUAAUAAAUAAGUCAUAAUAAUAAUAUCAAUAUGUACCUAUACAAUCAACCCUCUCAUAGUAUCCCCUGAAGAAAUCAUAUCUAGAUAUUUAUAUAAUUUAAUUUAAAUAAAUUUAUAGAAAUCAUUAAAUAUAGAUACAAGAGUACCUACUUAAUAUUUUUUAGAUAUAAAACAUUAGAGACUAUUUUUAUAAGCAUUACACCAUAAUAUUCAGUAAAUUUAGAUUAAUAAUUCCUAAAAAAAAUAUUUGUUAAAAUGUGAACACCUUAAUACAAAUACAUAUUAGGUAUUAUCUAGGUUAAGCAAAUACAAAAACAAACUAUUUAUUGAAUUGUUCAAAUUUUAUCUCAAACAAAUGACUGAUCAAUUAUUUUGUGAAAAUCUAAACACAGACUGCUUUUUUUAUUUGUAUUAUUGUAAACUAUAUAGUUUUUAUUUUCAGGUUGAAUAUGCAUAUCCUCCAUUUACCGAAGAGACUCCAGGUGAUUCUACCGAAUGUCCAUCAGCAUGGAAACAUUUGCCAUAUUUAGCAUUACCUGAUGGGUCGCACAACUUUGACGAAGAUACCGCAUACUUCCAUUUGCCUAGUUUACAAGAUUCAAGUGAAACAAUCUAUGGAAUUUCAUGUUACAGGCAGAUACCAUUAGAAGUAAAUAAUUAAAAUAUUCUUAUUAUUGAACUACUUAACUUAUAUUUUAUUUUUAUUUUUAAGAAAAUUAUCAACCGAACUCCUGAUAUGACAAGAAGUACAAUCCAAAAAUCAGUAUGUGUAUUAAGUACAUUGCCAUUGUAUGGACAUAUUCAAGUUAAAAUGUCUUUAAUUACCCAUGCUUAUUUUGAAGAGGGUGAUUUUAGUAAAAUAUCACUUUUACAUGACACUUACCACCAUCUCAAUUCCUGUUUGUCUAGUAUAGAUAAUAUUAGUACCAGUCCUCAUCUCUUUGUUGGUUUGUAUAGGUUUUAUGUUUUAAUAAAUAUUCAUAAUAUUUAUUUAAUAAUAAUAAUAUUUUAUAGGCCUAUCAGCUGUUGAGCUUGUAACAAGAUUUCGACAUAAAGUGUUGUUAUUAUUUAAAUUGAUGCUAUUAGAAAGCAAAGUAUUAUUUUUUUAUUCUCCUGUCCGUCCACUAUGCUCUACAAUAUUGACCUUAUUAUCUCUUCACCCAGGACUCAUUGAAAAUGGACUUAAUAAAUCUGUUAACAUUAAGUAACCAAUUAUUUAUUUAUAACUAUUAAAUUGUUAAUAAAAUUGUCUUUUACGUGAAUUAUUUUUUUUAGCCCAACACAAGUUUCCAUUGAAGCUGAAGAUAAAGUAAUUGCCUCAGACGAAAAACCUAUUCCAGAAAAUAAUGUUGAAAAUUCUGUUUGUGAAAAAUUUAAUGAAAUUAUUGAUGACGACACAAUUCAAAACAAUAGUUUUGUUUCAAACAUUCCGAGAGAUCCUAGUAUGGAUUCAUUAAAUGAAGCUGCUAUGCAAUAUAAUAUGAUUAGUAUUGCUCAAAUCAAUUCUGAAGAUUGUGGAGUUCCAAUGUCUAUUUUUGAUAAUGUGUGCAUAAAAAAUUUGUAUAUUACAUAUUGUUUUGAAUACAUGUUUACUGAAAUAAUGAAUUUAAUAUAGGGAAAUUUGUGUCAGCCAUAUUCUUGCUUGUCCUACAUGGACAUUUUAACCAAUCCUAAUGUCCGUGGAUAUGUAAUUGGUGCUUCAAAUAUAUUAUUCAAACAAAAGAAGAAUUUAGCUGAUGUGAUUGUAGAGGUAGUGUUGCUAUUAUAGUUUUUAUAGAUUAUAGUUUUAUACAAACAUGUAAUAUAUAUAUGUAAGUACAAUGUAAAAAUUAGUAAUUCAGAAAUAACACAACUUUAUUUUAGAUUGAUGAAGGCAAAGUAGAAAUAGAAAAUAUGGAACUUAGACGGCAUUUACAUUUAACUACAGAAGAUCUUCGUUUUGCCGAUUAUUUAGUUAGACAUGUUGUACAACCUGAUAAAGAAGAUGUAUUUCUGGAUGGAGUUGGAUGGGAAGGCGGAGAUGAAUGGAUUAGGGCUCAAUUUAAAGCAUAUUUACUGUCAUUAUUAAGAACAUCAUUGUUGAAUGGUCCGUUAUUAUUAUUUGUUAUUUUUAUUCAAAUAUGCAUAUUAUACAAAUUUCUUUAUAAUUAAUUUAUCAUUAAUGAUUUUAAAUAUAUUUAUUGACUAUAAUAGAUGGAGAUCCUGAAUUGAAUCACUUCAAUCCAGCUUUCAUAACUGCUUGGCAACAAACAAAAAAUUAUCAAAUUUGGUUAAACCGAGAGCACCAAGCAAUUAUGGCACUAGAACCAUGUCAUCCAUUUGCCGGGCAAUUAUCUGUAGCUGAUAUGAAACUUAGGAUAUCACAGUAUGUACAUUAUUUUAUACAGAUAAUAUAUAUUUUAUGAAAAUUAUAAUUAACUGUGUGUGUAGUUUAUAUGAUUACUGAUUAAUUAAAAUAAAUAAGGAUCUCAGAGUUCAAUAUUAGAGCGUAUCCAUACGUGUCAAUUAUGAGUGAAUUUAAAAUGAUUCUGUUUUUUUUUUAUUUGUAAAAGGGUAAACAUAAUUCAAAUCUUAUUUAAAUUUAGUAAAAACAACUUUGAAAUAACGCAUUAUUAAUAAAUUCUUCAAUAAUUUGAGAAAAUAUUGUUAUUAGUAAUUGUAGUUUGUUCUAGUUUCAUACAUAAGAAUAUAAAUGAUUCCAAAUAAUCUUUCUUCAUGGUUAAUCAUAAAUAAAAUAUUCGUGUACAUAAAUUUUAUAUUUUGUACAAUAAACAUCAAAUUUGUAGAGAAACCUUUAAAAUGUCCAUGGUAAUUUUUGUUUAACAUUAAGGUAUACACAGAAUAUUGGUAAACAUAACCACAAUUGUAGAUACUAUGGUCCUGUAUAAAGUUAAAUAUAAAUCCCAGCGGAGCACACAGUAAUAAAUUUCUUGAUAAAUUUCAUCAAAUGUGUGGGGUUUCUUAAUUCAACAUUCUCUCACACCGUUCCGCAAGUCCUAGCAUUCUAGAAUUUAGAAAAGUCAAUUUAGUAGAUGUUUUUUCCUAGAUUGAUGGACAACUAUAAUAUCAAUAAUAGUGUGCAUAACCUAACCUCUUACAAUAUUAACAUGCUAAAAUGCCACCGGUUUCAGUUGGAGACUUUAUAGAGAAGUUAUAACUAAAAACUAUUUGCAAUAUUUGAUUUAAUAAUUUGUAUUUGUUUUGUUUUUAUUAAUUAAUUUAGUGAAUGAUCAAUAGAUAAUUAUUUUAAAAACUUUAUUUCAAUACAUAACUAUUUGUUUUCAAUUAAAUUUUGUUUUGAUGUAUGGACAAAUAAAAAUGAGGAAAACACUUCAUUCUAGAAAAGCUUAUUUUUAUAAUUUAUAACAGCACCAUGCAGAGCAGUAGAAGUGGUCGAAAAUUAAAUCAAGCUGUACAAAACACAAGUAGGGCGGUUGCAUCAACGGGUAAAGUUGUUGGUAUGUUCAAAAAUAAUAUUUAUCUUUUUACUACUAUAUUAUAUUAUUAUAGAACAAUCAUUUUUAAUAGGAGGUGCUAUUUCUCAAGCUAGAGGCGCAGUCACAAAUUGGUGGAGUAAUUUGACUACAACUCAAGAUUUAGAAGACGAGAAAAACACACCUGUCGUCCAAGACAUUUAACUAAAACCAGCUAAUUUACUCAUUACUCAACCAUUUUUUUAGUUAUACCAUUUUAUAUUUUUCCAUAUUAUUGUUUAAUGAAAUCUUUAUUUAGACUAAGUAAAUUAUUAAUUAUUUUUAAAUUAUUUUUAUUUGACAAACAGUAAAAAAAUUAUGGACCUAGGGCUCUAUUAUACAUUACAUUAUUAUAAAUAAAUAAUGCGUGAUUUUUUAGAGAAAAUAUCUGCUUUUUAAAAAUUUAUAUCUCAGUAGUCUUAUUUUACCAUUAAAUAGAUAUAAAUAUUAAAUAUGUUUCCUAUGUUAAUACAAAAAUGUAUUGAACAAAUUUCAUAUUACUUUAUAUAUUUAUUUAUAUUAAACUUUGCCAACAUUUUGUAACUGUGUCCUCGGUCCAUUUUUAAAAAUCUAUAUACAUAUACUUGACAUUGUAUAGAACUAUAGAUUCGAAAAACUGGACCCAUCAUAUAAUUGAAACUUUGGCGAAAAAUAGUUUUUAUCUGGUGUUUAUGUUUAUUUUAAAACACUAUUAUAUUGUCUCCACAAAUUAUUUAAUUGAAAAGUAAUUUAUAAAUAUUAUAAUAUACCUAAUUAUAGAAAAAUCUCAUUUAGUUAUCAACUGUGAUAUUUGAAUAUAUUUUAAUCAAUAUUUGUUUUCAUUUUUACAUUACCAAAGACUAAUAUUUCAAAUUACAUUAAUCUGUGCAUAUAAAAUACAUGUUCAAAUUUACAGAAUUAUUACCAAUACCUAAGCAAUUCAUUAUGUAAAGAUCAUGAAUAUUUUUUUUGCAAUGAUUUUAUGAGGUAAAAAUAAAUAAAUAAUAUUUAUUAGUAAAAAAAAAAAUAAUAACAGUUUUAUUAGUAUACUAAAUAGGUAGUGUCAUAAAUUAACUACAUUUUGUGCUAUCCCAAUUGAUAAAUUUAUUAUAUUUAUUAUAUAUUGUUGAUAUUGAACGCACAAUAUAGUGUAUUUUAACAUUUUAUUAAGUUUUAUGGAAAAAUCUUACUCUAAAUUUUAGUUUCUUUACUUGGUACAAUAAAUAAUACAUUUUUAAUCCUAUACGAUUUAACUUAAAUAAAUAUUUAAUCUUUUAAAAAAAAUAACACGAACUUUCUACAUUCUAAAUUGUUAGAAAAAAACUAAAAUUACUUAGUAAUGAAACAACACUAUAUUAUAAACUAAUUAAAUAUAUUCAAUAAUUUUGUAGAUUAAAUAUUCGGUAAUUUUAAGAUAUUUUUUUCUUAGAUUAAUUGAACUCAUAUUAUUGUGUUUGUUGUUAUACUCAUUGUGCAGAUAAUUGAUGGUGUGUUUUAAAUAAAUCAUACUUUCAGUAUUUUGGCAUAAUCUUGAUUUUUUAACAUUUUAGUAGGUAUCAUUGAUUUCAUAAUAUAAGUACUUUAUUUAGCAUAAUUAAAAGCUAAAUAACAUGCACAAUAAUGACAGUAUUUUAAUUUAUUUAUAUUUUAUAUUGUGCAUACAUUUCAUUUGUAAUUUUUUUUUUCAUAUAAUAUAAUAAGUAUUUUAUUAUAUUGUGUAUUAUAAUAUACUCAAUUUCUGCUCAAAAACUUUUAACAUUAAAAUAUAUCUCAUGCUGCUUUAUUUUACACUCUUUAAAAAAACAACAACAGAAUACCGGAACAUCUGCAUAAUGUACGAUGUACAAAUGUAUUUUACUUGUAUAUUAUUUUUAUUACUAUUUAAUACCUACAACUGUGAUUCUAUAAAAAAUAAAAUUGCCUAUUUCAAAGAGGAA